AUGAGUUUAAUUAAUGAAGGAGCAAUAUCGAAUCUUUCCUUUCCCUUUCUUUGUCAUCAAUUGUUCAGACGACGUGCCGCUCGAAUUAAUGGUGAAGUAGUUGUUGCUGAAGUAAGUGCAAUUCCACUUCUCAAACGGGAACGGCGACGACACCAGUCGACGCUAUUCCUUUUGGGAAACCCACAUGCCUCAUGCUGGGAUCGAACCAGCGGCCUUCUGUUUACAAGACAGACGCUCUACCACUGA